CCAACAACAGUCGCAAUGGCCCCCAAGACUAAGGCUCCCGCUGCCGCCAAGGAGAACGUCUCCCUCGGCCCCCUCGCCGGUGAUGGCAAGCUCGUUUUCGGCGUUGCCCGCAUCUUCGCCUCCUUCAACGAUACCUUCGUUCACGUUACCGAUCUUUCCGGUCGCGAAACCAUCUGCCGUGUCACCGGUGGUAUGAAGGUCAAGGCUGACCGUGACGAGUCCUCCCCCUACGCCGCCAUGUUGGCUGCUCAGGACGUCGCUGUCCGCUGCAAGGAGCUCGGCAUCAACGCCCUCCACAUCAAGAUCCGUGCCACUGGUGGUAACGGCACCAAGACCCCCGGUCCCGGUGCCCAGUCCGCUCUCCGUGCCCUUGCCCGCUCCGGCAUGCGCAUUGGCCGUAUUGAGGACGUCACCCCCACUCCUUCCGACUCUACUCGUCGCAAGGGUGGUCGCCGUGGUCGCCGGGAAACCAUGGCUACCCAUCAGCCUACCCCAACACUUCUCCUCCCACAGCUCCCUCCAAAGACCCUCGUCGGAAUCGACCUGAUAACCUUCACUUCCACCGCCAAUUUCCAUGGAAUCCGCGACCUAUCUCCAGGAUGGCAUUUCCUCUACACCGGCGCUACAGAGACUCUCUCCCUCCGCAGCGGCGCAUGGUUCUACGUCGGCGACAUCAAUGCCGCAGGGAAGGGUGCGAAUGACUCGGCCCUCGUCUCGCGAGCUCAAACCAAAAACCAAGCUACACCAGGUCCAGAGAUAUAUAUCUGGAAAUGGAGCGCAGAUUCAGAGACUCUGGUUCCGUUCAAGGGAGAGAAUGAUUCAGAUCGCCAGGAGGCUAUGCGCCACAAAGCAAAUCUAGGUGCUGUGUGGCAAAGCGGAGGGUUGUUCAAAUAUCGCAGUCGCAUUGCUCCUUCAAUGCUUGUUAAGUCCCAGAAAACUGGAGAACAAAAGGAAGAGCAGGAGGAGGAGGAGGAGGAGGAGGAGCAGAUCCAACCGCAACUCGAAGCUCGAGUCCAAACAGAGGAUGAUGGAAAGACCGAAGAGAAUGGUCGCAAAGACUGGUUUGGGUUGACAAAUCGGAUCUCGCCUACUCUUUUAUCGCGUGUCAUUGGAGACCCGGAAGUCGAUAUCGAUGGUCAUCCACGAUGGCUUCUAACAUCUGCUUCGACGGCUGACCGUGACGCGGAUCAUAUCCCUGGGGUUGAUUCGCCGGUCGAAGAAACAGACGAGCCAGAACGAGAAUUUGGCUUCAUCCCUGUGGACUUGAAGCGGACUUGGAGAGAAGGUGCCGUUGGGCGUGAAAGAACAGAGGCAGCUCAGGACCGGUCUUGGGCUUUAGGAGACUUGGUUGACCGGUAUGCUGGAGAAGCGUCUGGUGGGAAUCAAUUGCUUGGAGAAUUGCAGUUCACUUUCCUCAUGGUGCUGACUAUGAUGAAUUACUCGUGCCUUCAGCAGUGGAAGCGACUUCUCGAGCUUGUUCUUACCUCUCGAAGCGCAGUUGUGGACAGGGAAGAAUUUGUUGCUGAAUUCCUCAGCAUUCUAUCAUUACAGCUUCAGCGAUGUGACGAUGUUGAGGGUGGGCUAUUUGAAAUUGAUGGCGACGGGGGUGGUGCAUUCUUGCGCAACCUGCUCAUGAAACUUCGCCAGUCGGUAGAUGAUUUGGUUGGAGAUGAUGGAGACUCUGCAGUCAAGCAAGAGCUUGACGAACUUCAAGAAUGGGUGAAGACAGAAUAUGAUUGGGAUCUGCACCGCGGGUCUGUCGUUCGUCAGGGAAUGCUUCAAUUGGAGGAUGGCGAGGAGGUUGAGAUGGAUUGGGAUGGAAAUGACGAAGAUGAAGAAACUGGAGAGUAUGCCCCAAUGAUUGUGGAGAUGUGA